AUGGUGCCAAAUCAUAUAUUGAUAUUAGGAACGCCUCAUUCUGGGAAGUUGAGGAUAGUUAAAUUCUUGGUACCUUCAGAAGAACUUGAAGUUGGCGAUGAGAGUCAUAGUGGGAUAAUAAUCAAGUCGAGCUUGAGAACUAAGUACUAUGAGGUUGAUCUUAAAAUAUUUGUUGACGAGUAUCCAGAAGAGAGGAGAGGCGAUAUUAGUGGUGAUAUGAAGUUGCAACUGUUAGAGAGCUGGUACUCUGAGUUUUGUCAAGAUGAAAUGAAAGAAUUGAGAGACGCAUUUGAAGGUUUAAUUUUCACAAUUAAUGUUGACUCUACGACGGAGGAAGUCGAGCAAAGUCUAGAAUUUCUAACUAAAGUGACAGAUGUUCUCAAAGGCACUAGUGACUGCUGGGAUGGAUUUAUUUUGGUAGUCACUGCUGCCGAUGAUAUAAAUGUAUCCACGAACUUAAAAAUUGAAGAGAUAGAAGACCUCAGCAUAGCUGCCGGUUUUGAAUUUAUAAACUUUAGUCAAUCAGGCAGAAACGAGUAUCGUGAAACCAUAGGAAAAGAUAGGUUAAAGGAAGUCUUGGAAACACACGAAUGGAGUAAUAUGGAUGUCACGGAUAACAUUCAUUACGAAAAGAAUAAGAUACAAAAGUUAAACAAUAUGACAGAACGUUUACUUCAAAACGACGGCGCAGAACCCCAAAUGAAUGAUCUAAGCGAUAUACUUAGGAAAGUUCAUGGUGCAAAGGAACACGCAGAGAAACUUAAUGAUUCGCAGAAAAAAGACUACGCAACUAAGAUAGUUGAUGAUAUAAUGAAUUAUAUAUAG